AUGGAGAGCCAAGAUCUUCGACGGGCUUGCUCGGAAAUCGCAAACAAGCUGGAGAUCACGGCAGGCGCUACGACCAGCAGCCCACGCCCCGACGCCGCCGCCGCCGCGAUCACCUCCGCGGCCAAGGCUGCCGCCGGCUCCGAUCAGCCGGGGGCGGUGGAGACGGUGCGCUGCGCGUGCUGCGGCGUGGGCGAGGACUGCACGGCGUCGUACAUCCGCGGCGUGCGCGCGUCCUUCUGCGGCGACUGGCUGUGCGGGCUGUGCGCGGAGGCCGUGAAGGAGCGCGCGCGCCGGGACCCGGCCGGCGGCGUGGCGGCGGCCCUGGGCGCCCACGAGGCGGAGUGCAGGGACUUCAACGCGACCACGAGGCUGAACCCGACGCUGUCCCUGGCCGGGUCCAUGCGCCGCAUCGCGCGCAGGAGCCUGGACCGGCGGACGGCGUCGUGCCAGGAGCGCGGCAGCGCGCCGGCGUCCAGGGCGGCGGCGCUCGCGAGGUCCGCCAGCUGCAACCCGUGGUUCAUGGCCGACGUGAUGGGAGAAGCUUCCCGGGACCGGCGCAGAUGAUCGAUCGAUCGCGCUCACGGCAGGGGAUGCUCCGCUAGCGGCGAGCAUGCGUCCGGCCUUCCAAGUUGUUACCCAUCUAUGGGCCUUGCCCCUUGGCUAGAUAUUCCUCCUACCUUGGUUUGUAUGAUUUUCAUGUUGAUGCUUGAAUGUACAUAUGGGGCACGGGCAUACAUCUUCACCUUGUUGUCUGCCGGUGCUUCUUUGAAGAGAUAAAUCCAUGGUAUUGUGCA